CCCAGAUUGCACCGCAUCACCGGGUCACUCCAGCGCUUCACUGAAAUUAGCCCCGACGAGCAUCCGCGGCGCUAAGAGACGCUGUUGUAUCUGUAUGUGUUGCACAUUUGGGUUUGACUGAGCAGGAUUUUAAACGAUGUCUGGAAGCGCAGGAGAGUGGUGUCUGAUGGAAAGUGACCCCGGGGUUUUCACAGAGCUGAUAAAAGGUUUUGGCUGCAAAGGAGCCCAGGUUGAGGAGAUAUGGAGCAUGGAGCCAGAGAACUUCGACAACUUGAAACCGGUUCAUGGCUUGAUUUUCCUGUUCAAGUGGCAGCCAGGUGAAGAGCCAGCUGGGUCGAUUGUCCAGGAUUCAAGGCUUGACAACAUCUUCUUUGCAAAACAGGUCAUAAACAACGCUUGUGCCACCCAGGCGAUAGUCAGCGUUCUGCUCAACUGUUCCCACUCCGACAUGUUGCUGGGAGACACACUGACAGAGUUCAGGGAGUUUUCACACAGUUUUGAUGCUGCUAUGAAAGGUUUGGCUCUCAGCAACUCUGAAGUGAUCCGACAAGUUCACAACAGCUUUGCCAGACAGCAGAUGUUUGAAUUUGAUGCAAAGUCUUCAGCAAAGGAUGAGGACGCCUUUCACUUUGUGAGCUACGUCCCUGUAAACGGUAGACUAUACGAGUUGGAUGGACUCCGAGAGGGACCAAUUGACCUCGGUGCAUGCAACCAGGAUGACUGGAUCAACGCAGUUCGCCCAGUGAUCGAGAAGAGAAUACAGAAGUACAGUGAAGGAGAGAUUCGAUUCAACCUAAUGGCCAUCGUGUCGGACAGAAAGAUGAUAUAUGAGAGGAAAAUCGCAGAGCUCCAGAGCCAGCUUACUGAGGAUGAGCCGAUGGACACAGACCAGAGCAGCACCUUUAUCAGCUCCAUUCAGUCAGAGAUCGCAAAGUACCAGCUCCUUAUUGAAGAAGAAAACCAGAAACUUAAAAGAUAUAAGAUUGAAAACAUUCGACGAAAGCACAACUACUUACCUUUCAUUAUGGAGCUACUGAAGACCCUGGCAGAGUACCAGCAGUUAAUACCUCUGGUGGAGAAGGCAAAGGAAAAACAGAGUACCAAAAAAGCCCAGGAGGCCAAGUGACAACAUACAUUUCAACAGAGAAGUCUCUAAUUACAUACACAUACCGUACAAUCACAUUCUCUCAUCAGUAAGCCACAUACAUCCACACACACACACACACACACACACACACACACAUGCAGACAGACACACAGACACACACAAGCAGAUGUAUCAGCUGUCAUUCAUAUAGAUGGCCAUGGACGGUCUGCAGCUCUUCCUCACCAUAAUAUCCUGUGAACAACCCAGAAUUACGAGCUGUGUGUGGAGCAGGGAGCCCGAACUGUCUGGGGAAAAAAAAAUACUCCCUCCAUGUAUGUCCGUCAGCUCUAAUGCAUGAUAGAAGGAAAGAUGUGUUCAAAUUAUGUUCUGUCUUAUUUUCAUAAUAAAAUGUCUAGAUGUUUGAGCAUGG